AUGGCACCACCAACACCAAUGGCACCACCAAGACCAACGGCACCACAGCACCACCAACACCAACGGCACCAAUGGCACCACAGCACCAACGGCAACACUGAUACCCAUGGCACCACCAACACCAAUGGCACCACAGCACCAAUGGCACCACCAACACCAAUGGCACAACCAGCACCCAUGGCACCACCAACUCCAAUGGCACCAACAGCACCACAGCUCCAAUGGCACCACCAACACCAACGGCACCACAGCACCAAUGGCAACACUGAUACCCAUGGCACCACCAACACCAAUGGCACCACAGCACCAAUGGCACCACCAACACCAAUGGCACAACCAGCACCCAUGGCACCACCAACUCCAAUGGCACCAACAGCACCACAGCUCCAAUGGCACCACCAACACCAACGGCACCACAGCACCAAUGGCAACACUGAUACCCAUGGCACCACCAACACCAAUGGCACCACAGCACCAAUGGCACCACCAACACCAAUGGCACAACCAGCACCCAUGGCACCACCAACUCCAAUGGCACCAACGGCACCACAGCUCCAAUGGCACCACCAACACCAACGGCACCACAGCACCAAUGGCAACACUGAUACCCAUGGCACCACCAACACCAAUGGCACCACAGCACCAAUGGCACCACCAACACCAAUGGUACAACCAGCACCCAUGGCACCACCAACUCCAAUGGUACAACCAGCACCCAUGGCACCACCAACUCCAAUGGCACCAACGGCACCACCAACUCCAAUGGCACCAACGGCACCACAGUUCCAAUGGCACCAACACCAAUGGCACCACUAA